GCCUGUAGUCCCAGCUGCUCGGGAGGCUGAGGCAAGAGAAUCGCUUAAGCCCAGGAGUUGGAGGUUGCUGUGAGCUGUAUGAGGCCACGGCACUCUACCGAGGGCCAUAAAGUGAGACUCUAUCUCUACAAAAAAAAAAAAAAAAAGAUAUUAUCAAGAUCCAGGUGGAAUGUAUCCAGAUAAUCUCAUGUGAGAAGGAAAUCAAGGGAAGGAGGAAGAGGAAAUGACUGCUUCUCAGGUAAAUGUGUCCAAGGUCCAGGGCUGUGCCCACUUUUUCUCCUGCAAUAUCAUGUUCUUAGAAUUUGCAAGCCUUUACUUCUCUACUUGUGAUGUUCCUGCCUAAUGAGUUUGUUUCAAAUACUCUUUUAACUAUUUCUUAUUGCCAAGAGCAAUAAGAGUAUGUGAUUCUGCAACAGCAGCGGUUAUUCUAUCUUCAAUUGCCAAGAGGUCUGAGAAAUCCUUCUCCCCUACCUAUACAGCAGAGUCUUCUCUCCAUUCUCUCCAUCAGGGCUUCCCAGGUGCCCUGCAAAAUUCCCAGUGUAAAUUCAUGUUCUGCAAAAAUAAAAAUGUGUUCUGCAAUACUGCAAAUGUUCCUUUUGUGCCUUUUGAAAAUGGAAAAAUGUGGAUACUCAACGUUCCCUUUGUGGAUGAGGUCGGAUCCUUGGAUAUUAGCAAAGAAGGAGAAUAUGUUUUGUUUAGCUUCCAUGUGGAAGCUCCAUCAGUUCUACAUAGAAUGAGAUGAAGCACGUGCACUUUUACAGAAGACGGCAUUAACUGCCUAAAGUAACUCAAUGUUCUGAAAAACAGAAUCAUUCGAAAAAUGCUUUCUAGAAUGCUUAGAAAGACAUGUUUAAAGUCACGAUUAGAGAUUAGAAAACAUUCCAGAUAUCUAUAACUCGAACUUUGCCAAAAGUGUUUUUUUUUAAACUAGCUUUUAUCAGAUUAUUAUGUACUUUUUCUUGCCAGUACUAUCACAGCAGUGAUGUGUUUGCGUGUGUGAAUCAGCACCUGAUACUUAUUUGUCCUGUUACAGUUGAGGUUAACUUUAUUCACUCAGUUAUGGUGCUCUUUGACACAUAUUCCAUUGUAGAGUUCAGUAUAUCUUCUAUAUUAUUUAUUUAUUUAUUUAUUUUUGUAGAGACAGAGUCUCACUGUACCGCCCUCCGGUAGAGUGCCGUGGCGUCACAUGGCUCACAGCAACCUCUAACUCUUGGGCUUACGUGAUUCUCUUGCCUCAGCCUCCCGAGCAUAUCUUCUAUAUUAUUAAUAAGUACUUUGGGGAGAUUUAUCAACUAAUGUGCACAAACCAAAACAUCUAUUGAUAUGCCUCUUUCUUCUUAGAUUCUCUUUCAUACCUUGCUUUGGAAAGUAAAGGUUGUCAUCUUUGUUUACUGGUUCAGAAAUCAACUGGGAAAUCCAGAAAUCCAGUUCAUUGUAUGUUUCACAUAAUAUUAUGCUGGAAUAAAAGCAUUAGCAUUUUUGUUGAGCUUGUUGAAAAUUUAAAAAUGGAAUCUUCACCACAUAUCUUGAGAACAAAACUUUGCAUUUUAUCAAGAUCUCCAGUUCUUUCUUGUACAUGUUAAAAUUUUAGAGGUUCCAUUUCACUCACCAUGACAUUUUCAUGUAAAAAACAUACACAACUUAUACUGUAUGUUGUAAACAAGGCAGAAAGAUACACAUCCCAGCAUAUUUCUACUCUUGUCAACCAACAGUGUCUAGGGUCUACACUCGUUUUGUGGAUGUUGUGCCCUCCCCUUUCUUCAAUUAGAGAACACAUGAGGAAAUUUAUCUCUUCGAUUUCUUCUAUACUUCCCUUAUUACAUAAUUCCAGUCACUCAUAUAAGUCAGCAACAGUUCUCUUCGCUCAUUCAAUUAAAAGUGAAGUUUAAACUCCGCUUGGCUUCUUGGUUAAUAUGUUUGUUUUUCAGGGAAUGUUGACAUUCAAGGACGUGUCUAUAGAGUUCUCUAUGGAUGAGUGGGCCUGCCUGGACCCUACUCAGCAGACUUUGUAUCGGGACGUCAUGUUGGAGAACUACAGACACCUGGUCUUCCUAGGUCUUGCUGUCUCUAAGCCAGACCUCAUCACCUGUCUGGAGCAAAGCAAAGAACCCUGGAUGGUGAAGACACACCAGACAGUAGUCAAGCAGCCAGAUGUAUCUAAUCAUUCUACCCAAGACCAUUUCCAAGAGCUGGGCACAAAUAUAUUAUACCCAGAGAUAACACUGAGAAGAUAUCAAAGCUGUGGCCUGGAGAACUUAAACUUAACAAAAGACUGGGAAAGUGUUUCUGAAUGUACUCAGCAGAAAGUAUGUUACAGUGGAUGUGACCAAUGUUUAACAGCUAGCCAUGGCAAAGUCUGCCAAUGUAGUAAAUAUACGAGAGUGUUUAGACAUUUGUCAAAUCUAAAUAGACAUAACAUGAUAUAUACCAUCGAGAAAAUGUUUAAGUGUGAAAAGUAUGGGAAAGCCUAUAACCACUGCUCACACAUUACUAAAUGUAAGAUAAUGCAUAUUGGAGAAAAACAGUACAAAUGUAAAGAAGGUGGCAAAGUCUUUAAAUUUUGCUCAAGCUUAUCUAACCAUAAGAAACUCCACCCUGGGGAGAAACUCUAUAAGUUUAAAAAUUAUGGGGAAUGUCUUAGCCACAGAUCAAAAUAUUAUAACCAUAAGAAUAUUAAUACUGGAAGAAAAGCCUACAACUAUAAAGAAUGUGAUGAACUUACCAAUCAGUACUCACAUCUUUCUGGACAUGAAAGAAUUUAUUCUGGAGAGAAACCCUACAAAUGUCUAGAAUGUGGCAAAGACUUUAACAAUAGUGUAACCCUUACUAAACAUCAAAGAAUUCAUUCUGGGGAGAAACCCUACAAAUGUCAAGAAUGUGGCAAAGCCUUUAAGCAGUACCCAAGCCUUUCUAGACAUAAAAGAAUUCAUUCUGGAGAGAAACCCUACAAAUGUGAAGAAUGUGGAAAAGCCUUUAACUGGUACUCAACACUUUCUGUACAUAGAAGAAUUCAUUCUGGAGAGAAACCCUACAAAUGCAAAGAAUGUGGCAAAGCCUUUAUUGAUAAUUCAACCCUUACUAAACAUCAAAGAAUUCAUUCUGGGGAGAAACCCUACAAAUGUGAAGAAUGUGGCAAAGCCUUUAAACAGCACUCACACCUUUCUGUACAUCAAAGAAUUCACUCGGGAGAAAAAUCCUACAAAUGUGAAGAAUGUGGCAAAGCCUUUAAGUGGUACUCAAUCCUUUCUCAACAUCAAAGAAUUCAUUCUGGAGAGAAACCCUACAAAUGUGAAGAAUGUGGCAAAGCCUUUACUCUGUGUUCAUCCCUUUUUGCACAUCAAAGAAUUCAUUCUGGAGAGAAACCCUACAAACAUGAAGAAUGUGGAAAAGCCUUUAACUGGUACUCAACACUUUCUGUACAUAGAAGAAUUCAUUCUGGAGAGAAACCCUACAAAUGUCAAGAAUGUGGCAAAGCCUUUAAUGAUAUUUCAACCCUUACUAAACAUCAAAGCAUUCAUUCUGGGGAGAAACCCUACAAAUGUGAAGAAUGUGGCAAAGCCUUUAACCAGAAUUCACAACUUUCUGUACAUCAGAGAAUUCAUUCUGGAGAGAAUCCCUACGAAUGUCAAGAAUGUGGCAAAGCCUUUAACCAGAAUUCACAACUUUCUGCACAUCAGAGAAUUCAUUCUGGAGAGAAACCCUACAAAUGUCACGAAUGUGGCAAAGCCUUUAAUGAUAAUUCAACCCUUACUAAACAUCAAAGAAUUCAUUCUGGGGAGAAACCCUACAAAUGUCAAGAAUGUGGCAAAGCCUUUAACCAGAAUUCACAACUUUCUGUACAUCAGAGAAUUCAUUCUGGAGAGAAACCCUACAAAUGUCAAGAAUGUGGCAAAGCCUUUAAUGAUAAUUCAACCCUUACUAAACAUCAAAGAAUUCAUUCUGGGGAGAAACCCUACAAAUGUGAAGAAUGUGGCAAAGCCUUUAAACAGCACUCACACCUUUCUGCACAUCAAAGAAUUCACUCGGGAGAAAAAUCCUACAAAUGUGAAGAAUGUGGCAAAGCCUUUAAGCAGUACCCAAGUCUUUCUAGACAUAAAAGAAUUCAUUCUGGAGAGAAACCCUACAAAUGUCAAGAAUGUGGCAAAGGCUUUAACCGGCACUCAAUCCUUUCUCAACAUCAAAGAAUUCAUUCUGGAGAGAAACCCUACAAAUGUGAAGAAUGUGGCAAAGCCUUUAAGCAGUACCCAAGUCUUUCUAUACAUAAAAGAAUUCAUUAUGGAGAGAAACCCGACAAAUGUCAAGAAUGUGGCAAAGCCUUUAGGUGGUACUCAAUCAUUUCUAGACAUAAAAGAAUUCAUUCUGGAGAAAAACCUUACAAAUGUGAAGAAUGUGGCAAAGCCUUUAAGUGGUACUCAAUCCUUUCUGUACAUCAAAGAAUUCAUUCUGGAGAGAAACCCUACAAAUGUGAAGAAUGUGGCAAAGCCUUUAACCAGUACGCAAUCCUUUCUAGACAUAAAAGAAUUCAUUCUGGAGAAAAACCUUACAAAUGUGAAGAAUGUGGCAAAGCCUUUAUCCUAUACACAAACCUUUCUAGUCAUAAAAGUAUUCAUUCUGGAGAGAAACCCUACAAAUGUCAAGAAUGCGGCAAAGCCUUUAAGUGGUACUCAAUGCUUUCUGUACAUCAAAGAAUUCAUUCUGGAGAGAAACCUUACAAAUGUGAAGAAUGUGGCAAAGCCUUUAACUGGUACCCAACCCUUUCUAGACAUAAAAAAAUUCAUUCUGGAAAAAAACCUUACAAAUGUGAAGAAUGUGGCAAAGUCUUUAUCCUAUACACAGACAUUUCUAGGCAUAAAAUAAUUCAUUCUGGAGAGAAACCCUACAAAUGUCAAGAAUGUGGCAAAGCCUUUACCCAGAACUCAACCCUUUCUGUACAUCAAAGAAUUCAUUCUGGAGAGAAACCCUACAAAUGUGAGGAAUGUGGGAAAGCCUUUAAGAGUAGUGCAACCCUUAAUAAACAUAAAAGAAUUCAUUCUGGAGAGAAACCCUACAAAUGUGAAGAAUGUGGAAAAGCCUUUAACUGGUACUCAACACUUUCUGUACAUAGAAGAAUUCAUUCUGGAGAGAAACCCUACAAAUGUCAAGAAUGUGGCAAAACCUUUAAUGAUAUUUCAACCCUUACUAAACAUCAAAGAAUUCAUUCUGGGGAGAAACCCUACAAAUGUGAAGAAUGUGGCAAAGCCUUUAACCAGCACUCACACCUUUCUGUACAUCAAAGAAUUCAUUCUGGAGAGAAACCCCACAAAUGUCAAGAAUGUGGCAAAGCCUUUAAACAGAACUCACACCUUUCUGUGCACCAAAGAAUUCAUUCUGGAGAGAAACCCUACAAAUGUCAAGAAUGUGGCAAAGCCUUUAACCAGAAUUCACAACUUUCUGUACAUCAGAGAAUUCAUUCUGGAGAGAAACCCUACAAAUGUCAAGAAAGUUGGCAAAGACUUUGACCGGUACUCACACCUUUCUGUGCACCAAAGAAUUCAUUCUGGAGAGAAACCCUACAAAGUCAAGAAUGUGGUAAAACCUUUAAUUAGUGUGUAACCUUUCUAAAAUACAAGAAUUCUUUCAAGAGAGAAACCUUAUAAAUAUGAACACUAUGGCAAACGCUUUAUUCACAUUCAAACCUCACUGUACAUAAAAUAAAUCAUACAGGACAGAAACACUACAAAUAUGAAGAAUAUGGAAGUAUCCUUACCUGGUGUUCAUAGCUUGCUAAGGAUAAAAGAAUUCACACUGGUGAGAUAUUCUACAAAUGUGAACAGUGUGGUAAUGCCUUUUACUGGAGCUCAAGCCUUACAACACAUAAGAAAAUUCAGAUUGGAAAGAAAUUUUACAAAUGUGAAUGAUGUGGCAAAAAUUUUCAGUGGUCUUCAGCCCUUAGUAAAACAUAAGAGAAAUCAUAGCAGAGAAAAAUGGUAACAUUAUGAAGAUGUGGCAAACCCUUAUGCCAGUAGUGACAGUUUUUUUACAUAAUAGAAUUCUUUUUUUGUUUUUUGAGACAGAGGCUUACUAUGUUACCGUCGGUAGAGUGUUGUGGCAUCACAGCUCACAGCAACCUCCAGCUCCUGGGUUUAGGCAACUCUCCUGCCUCAGCCUCCCAAGUAGCUGGGACCACAGGCACUGGCCACAAUGCCUGGCUAUUUUUUGUUACAGUUUUGCCAGGGCCGGGUUCAAACCUGCCACCUACGGUAUAUGGGUCUGGCACCCUACCCACUGAGCCAAAAGCACUACCCCACAAUAAAACUCUUCUUGAAUAAAAACUGUACAAAUUUGAAGAACUUAACAAGUGUUUAACUUGUCCUCAAACCAUUCUAUAUAUGAAAACUUUAUAUAACAGAGAAAAAUCCCUACAAAUUUGAAGUGUCAAAUCCUAUAAGCUCACACAUUUCAGUACCUAACAGAAUUCCUAGCAAAAUUCUAUAUAUGUGAAGAGUGAGAAAAUGUUUUUAAAUAUUCCUCACACUUUUCUAAUCAUAAUUCAUAUGGAAGAAAUACUCUAGAAAUGUCAAUCAUGUCUCAAGGCCUUAAAAUUUUGUUUAUACUGUUCGAUAGGUCUAAGGAGAGACAAGGGGAAAUGAUAAAUGAUACUGGGAAUUUUUUUGUCCAUAACAAGAGAAACACAUUGACUAGAGGGGCCUUCCAUGGAAAAAACGUUGGCAUUUGAAGAAAGCUUCCAAAACCUGAUGUUUUCCCUACAAAAAAUGGGCCUCAGAGGUAGAAAGGCGACAAUGUGGAGAUAUGAACAAGGCCACAAAAAGGGGUCUUUGAAGCAGGUAUACAAUUAAGGUGAUGGUAGCUGCAAGUGACCUAUUUUCUAUAGUAUAAUAAAAUUCACACCACUUCUAUCACACUUUACAAAUAAAAUGACAACAUGUGGAUAUGGAUUAUAGGGAUAGAAAUGGGAGGACUCUCCAUUCUGGAAGAUUUUUCCCUUUCCAGGAAAAAUCAUGAAUAUUUUACCACCAUACCACUUAACAUAGAAUUGGAAAAUCUCUAUAAAGGGGAAAAAUCUUACUAAACCCAAGGUCGUCUCUACAUGAAAAUGUAGUGUCUUCCUUCUCUAGAGUGUCCUUUAAUAAACUGACCUUUUGUUUAUUUUUUUAUUUAUUUAUUUAUUGGGGGGACUGGUUCUUUAUUUCAAAAAUACAUAUAUCAAUAUUCAGUAUCCAAGCAGUUGCACUACUGGUUUUCUCUUUGUCCCCAUUGGCCCCAAAGACACCACACGAAAGGAGAGUACAUUUUAAGCCAAUAAGCUGCAGAAUGUACACCUAACAGGCCUCCCUCAGAGAAACCUCACCAAAAAGCGGGGAUUGGGUAGGGAAAGAAACUUUAAAAGGUUUUCAGUACACUGCCAGCUCAAAGUAGAGAGCUCUCACAGCCAGUUGCGGGGGCCAGGGUGCCCCAAACCAAACGAAGCAAGGUUUCAAAUAAUAUAAAAUUGUUAGAAUCUUGUACAUAAGCCAUUCAAGCUUUCUCCAGCACAGACUGUUGCAAAGUACAAGGAGAUGGCACUUUUUGACAUAGCAGCUUCAGACCCAGAAAGGGUAAUGAGAUGAGUUUCAUAUAACUAAAUGAGUGGCAAAAACAAUUUUCUUUAAGAAGGCAGGACAGCAAUUAUGUGGUCCACUCAACAUAAGGAGCACAUGAUCCAUUCUCUAAGUCCUUGGCAAGGGGGUAGAGACAGGAUAAAAAUCUGGUCUCAGAGGUCUUACCAUCUUAAUUUGGUCACUUCUAAGGAAAAAAAUAAAAGUUGUCCAAAGAUAUCUUAAAGCUGAAAACCUCACAGCAUGUUUUUGUUGUUUGGCUAACUCCUCCUGGGAUCAUCUUGCUGGUUUGGCUGGUACUUUGAGA